AAGCCAGUGCCCCUGCGCGGCUCGCGACAGACCGAGCGAACAGCUGAGUGAUGUAAGGCUUGUCGCCCCUUCGCCUAAACAAGCGACGACGACGCUGAGCUACCGACGAAGUUUGCUUCAACCUGCUGAUGGUUAACUUAUCUGUGGACUUCCUGUUGAGCCCCAGCUGUUCCGGUUGUCAAAAAGGACGUAAAGAGCCGAGUUUCCUCGAAGCUAUCAUGCUGAACACAGAGGAAAGUUCUUGGUUAUCGGGGGCCUUGAAGCCCAGCUCUAUCCCUCAGGCUCCGGGGCCUCUGUGGUGCUCCGAUGCCCCUCACCCACAGCUGAAGAUCCCGGGUGGGCGAGGGACGGUCAGGGAUCACUCUCACACCGUGCUACUACACAAGGAUGACAGGUUGACGGUGACCCAGGCCUCCCCGGUCAGCGGGAGACCCUCUCUUCUCCGCUUCCACUACCAGCUGACUGAGCGCCGCUCGGCCUUCUGGGACACGGUGCUCUCGGGGGACAGCCUCUUCCUGGAGAUCCCAGCAGGUUCGCCGGCCGAAGGGAGCAAGGAGGGGCUGACUGCGCUGCUGGAGUUCGCCGAGGAGAAACUGAAGGUCAACUACGUCUUCCUGUGGUUCCACAAGAACAGAGAGGAUCGAAUGGUCAUCAUCAAGACGUUCCACUACAUGGGCUUCGAGAUGGUGAAGCCGGGCAACCCCAUGGUACCAGCCCGACCCGAUUUGGCCUUCAUGGCUUACUCUCUGGACAACAGCAGCUCGGAUGAAGAGUGACCCCCACCUCCCUCGCCCACCCCCACACCUUCCCCCUCUCCCCCGCACAUCGACACGCCUCCCAGUCUUCAGCCUUCCCUCUGACGGCAGCUGCGCCGGGCGGAGGGGUCUCUGUGAUGCCGCUGCUUUUCUCCCUGAAGACAUCCGCAGAUUGGAUUAGAUGGGAGGGCUGCAGCUCGAACUGAGUCGUCACAUUUAAUUUGGCCUUGCCCCCCCCCCCUCCCCCUCUUACCUCCACCUUCGGUCAUUUUCUCUCCACGGACGAAAGGAGGAAAUAAACAAGUUGCUGCAAAGUUUCAGCAUAUCCACUCGUCUGACGGCUUCGACCAUUUUUUUUUUCCUAAGAGACUUUGGUGUGUCUUUGAGUGCUGUACACGAUGCGAGCUAUGAUGCUAGGGCGUUUAAAUGUGUAUGGUUGAUUUAUAAAUAUAUAUAUAUUUUUUCCUUUGCUUAAUAAUCUGUUACAUUGAACAUGUAAGCACACACUGACGGUUCCUUUUGACUUUCUGCAAUAUGUCGAGGUAUCAUUCCAGCGCGUGUCCCUGGCUCUGACUUUUUGAAAGCAUUUAUUUUAUUCUUUUUCUUUCCUUUUUUUUUUUUGUUUUGCUACUUUUAAAAUUUCACAAACGAUCCCAUCUCGGACUGAACCCAUCACGCGACGAUCAACAGGACGAACCUUAAAGCUUUACCAAAAUGGCAGGUGCCUAAAGAGGAGAGUGCAAUUUUUUAUUAUUAUUAUUAUUAUUAUUAUUAACUAAUGAGUCUUAUUAAAAAAGAAUGUAAUAUACUCAGCCCAUGCAUAUUCAGACCUCUGUUUUAAGUAAGCUUGAUUACAUAUGCAAAUUUUGGGUGGACGAAAAAAAUAAGCACUGUAGCAAACCCACCGAGAAUUUUCAUUUAAUUUUUUCAUAAUUUUCUGUCUCAACUAAACACCAAAGAAUUGUCUGUCAUUGAUGCUAACCAAAUACAAGCUAACGCUUACCUUGGCCCACAUUCCCCCCCCGAAGUGCACCGCCUGCGCCUCACUUUCCCUCCCACCUGCUCUGCUCUUAACCGCUACUGAUUUGAGCACCGACUGUAAGCUGUUACAGGUUGAUACAUGAAGUCUAUCAGAUUUAUUUUUUAUCAAUAUGAACAUUUUCUCUGCUGUUUGGUUUUUUUUUUCUUUUCUUUUUGUGACUGUGCAGGGAUUUACCUUUCUAUUUUUGUUCUUAGUUAAACAGUUAGCAGCCGUUAAGUGACUAUCCACACUUCUCAGAUUUUUGUCUCUUGUGCGGAGGGCGUUUCAAUAAAGGUUGUUAACAAAG